UGGCGCCAAGAAGAAAAACCGCACUAAUAUUAGCUUUUAAAAAACGAUUUAGGAUUUAUUCUCGAACGGGAACGCUUUAAUCGACAAAACUGAGAAUUCUACGUCUUGAUCAAGCUGAUUAACCCGUGAGACCCCCCGCAAAGAACGCGACGGCAGCUCAGAGCGUUGACACCCAGUUUACCUGUACACAGGAGUGGCCUCCUGAAAUUUGAGCUAAAAUAAUUUUUUUGAGAUCAAGACAGUUUUAACGCGUUUAAAUGUCAGGAUGGAAUGCCACGGAAUUAUUGCCUUUCAGUUAAAGAUUUCCGAGUGAUUUUAUUGCAUCAACAGCAAAACAAACGAUCAACAGAAAAUAGGGCCUUCACCCAAAUGUGAAAUGAAGAAUAUUUUCCUCCCUGCACUCGGCACGUUUAUCAGUAUAUAUGGUCUCUUCCUGUGCACGUAUAUCAUAGACAGGCGGCGGCUGCUAACUCUGAGGCUCAGCGGAAUGACAGAUAAUAUUUUCCGCUUUAUAGACAGCCAAAAUAAUCAGCACUCUAUAAAUGAAUCUCUGGAAUCUAGCAGAAUCAGAAACGGCGUUUCAGAAAAGGAACAAAUGUUCCAUUUUUGGUAUAAAUGUGAUAAAUCGUGCCGUGACAACAGUUCCAUGACCCGGCUGAGCCACACCAUCACGCUGUCGUUCACGGGACCACGGAUACGUAUCUUCAUAAUGGAAUACCAGGUCUUAACGGACAAAAUCAUGUCCAAAAUCCCGUCUGCUGGGGGAAGUAAUUUCCGAAUCGAAUUGAUCGGGAUGGAAUUCAUAUUGUGUCCAGUGAGGGAUUAUUUAAAUGGGUCAUACGUGGGUUACUGUCCAGACAUUAAUUCUAGCGUUAAUGGCACUAUCUAUUUGGACUACACGCGUUAUGAGGCUUUCGUUCAUCACCAUGAUGGCCACGUCUCCAGGCAGCGUGUGCGGCACCCCGGCAGAAUUCAUCGUAUUUUAAAUAUCUUCUAUUAUUUCUACUCAGAGCCCACAGCAGCAGCCAGGCCAGGCCUUGCUGACAGUAGAAAGUGCAAAGAAACAGACAUUAAUGAGUAUCUAAAGGGACGCUGGUGGUACGUAAGAGGACAGUGGCGCUGGGGCACAAACGACGGGUGUAUUUUUGACUUUAUGAAGCACGAGCAACUCCGGAAAUGUUUCAACAAUAAAAUCACUUUCAGAUUAUUUGGCGAUUCUCACAUUCGAAAUAUAGGGGAAUAUUUUAAUAGCCUCAUAUCAAAACGAAAUACAACAAACAAAAAUAUCAAGUACAUUCAAACUUUACAGAAAAUCGUAGAAAACGAAGGAGCCAUAUUCGAAUGGAGUCCAUACAUGAAACAUAUGCCAAAAUAUUUAUCUUCAUUUUUUCCUCGUUAUAAUUCUACGCCUGCAACCAAACAAGACGUUGUUUUGCUAAGCGCCGGUAUUCACGAAAUGGUGUUCGGCAAAGCUCGAGUAUUUUUGGAAAGCCUUCUACCGAAUUUUGUGAACUUUCUUUCAACCGUCCGAAAAGAUGAAAGAACGGCAAAUCUUCGUCUAAUUUAUAUAAAUAUUCCACCGCGGAUGCAUGGCGACCAGGACGCCAAUGAGUACAUGUUAGCCGCCGUGAACCAGAUUUUAAAGGAGAAUUUAGAAAAAUACCAAGUAGAAAUUAUAGACGGUUUUAAUAUCCUGAAUCCUAUGCGGGAUACGUCUUGUGAUGAUGGGAUCCAUUUUCUGUGUCCUGGCAGCGCUGCAGGGGAGUUUACAGGUCACCAAGGAAUGACACUCGCACACCUCGUCUUCAGGGUCAUAUGCGAUAACUAAUAACGGUGACGCCAGAGGACAUAACUCAGAUGUUCUAAUAAGUUCCCAGAAACGCUUUGGGAGAUAUUUGUUGGACUUGCGUUGCCUCUACCUAUUUUACUAUAACCGUAUAUUACAGUACCGAUAUAUUCCUUGUCUAUUUCUCGACGAUACGGCUCGAACAGUGCAAUUAGUACAUGCUUCACUUCUCAAAUAUGGCCUUUUAGUGAAUUAAAUGUAAACAAAGGAUGUAAAUGUUAAUUUAUGUAAUUGUGACGAUGAACGUUGAGCACUGCUGAACGCUUACGUACCACUUAAGGACCUGUUUCUGUCUAAACAAGGAAUUAUAUGGUUUCAUACAGUACAUGUAUAUAGUGCAGGUUUGUUGUAGAUAGAAAGGUUUUUAGUAAAAUUAAUGUGAACUGAGAGUGUUAACGUGACUGUAUGUUGUACUGCUCAGUCUCCUGUAUAUACAAUCCAGGUGAGCUGCUUCAUGUAAACUUAACUUCAGCAGCGAGCUAAAUACUAGUACCCGCAUGUGCCGGGAGACGCCAAUUUCUCAUCUUAACGUUUAGUAAGUAAACAUACCAUCCAUACCA